AUGAAUGAGUGUGAGCUUGUCCCAGCUAUUUUGGAGUUGGUUUGUGGAGGUGGAUCAUCUAUAUCAUGUGCCUUUUGGGAUUUAUCAGCUAUUGCUUGUGGACCUCCACCUCGACCUGUUGGUAGUUCAUCGGCAGAAAAGAGAAGAAAGAUGGUUGGAUUAUACGUUGCAUCGAAUGUGUUGGGAUGGGGUCUAUCCUAUCCAAUCACACGAUAUAUUAUGACAUCGAUACCUAGCACCUAUCUAUGUGGAGGUGUUGUACUAGUCGAUCUAUUCUUUUUGACGACUAGUUGUAUCGGGUAUUUCGAUGACCUCCAUUCAAUCAUUCAAUACAUCUUGCAAACACGUACCGUGUCACCGUCACAACUAAAGAUCAUCGAUCGUCUCGAACAAGACACUCAACUACGUCAUGUUGAAUACCACCGAUUAUACGGUGUAUUUAUAGGUGCCAUCGUAUCAUUACCAUUCUUUAUAUUGAAUCUAUUCAAUCAAACUAUAAGUACUUAA